AUGAGUUACCAGGUUCAUAACAGCCGUAGGAUUCCGCCACGUGGCGGCGCGCCGAGAAAGCGGAAGGAAAGAGACGAUGGCUUUAAACAACCGUCGGCUCCAACUGUUAAGCCUCCGAGCCGGUCAACGACGCAGCCGGCUGUGUCGUCGAAUCGGCUGCUGGCGGGCUACAUGGCGUACGAGUUCAUAACCAGAGGCACGCUGUUGGGUCAGGAGUGCACAGCCGAGCCGGCGAGGGCGAUGAAGCCGGUCGAAGCCGGAGCCGAUGAUGAGCCGGUGAAGGUGGGAUCGGGUGAGGUUGCGGCGCAGGAUAGGUACGCUGAGGUGGCGACCAUUCUGAAGACGGAUGGGGCCCACAUUCCGGAGAUUGUGAACCCGACGCAACUGGCUCGGUGGAUUCAGAUGUGA